ACUAUUCCCAAAUAUUGGGGCCCAAAUUGGGAAUUACCUUUGCAUAAACCAGAUGCAAAUCAAUCAAGGUGGGAGAGAUCUGCAAAAAGCACAGAAUUUAGAAGAGAAGGAGAAAAAGGAAAAUCAAAGAAAAUGGGAAUCAGAUUCAUUCUGAUGGUGAACAAGCAAGGGCAGACCCGUUUAGCACAAUACUAUGAAUAUCUAACCCUUGAAGAACGCCGAGCACUUGAAGGCGAAAUCGUCCGCAAAUGCCUUGCCCGCAAUGAGCAACAGGUGUGCGUUUAUUACUUGAUUUUGCAGUGUGAGUUGGACAUAAUGUUUCAUUUGGAAAAAGCACACUUUAUGCUGGAGGAAAUGGUGAUGAAUGGUUGUAUUGUUGAAACCAGCAAGGCUAAUAUUCUGAGUCCAAUACAGCUGAUGGACAAAGCAUCAUAGAUUGUUAAAUUUGAUCUGUUUGGAGACUGUAACAUGACCAUGUUCUAUAAUUAUUUGAUUGUCUAUUCGUGUAAUUCCAAGUACAUUUAAGAUUCUUGAUUUCAUAAUGGAAGAUAGUUUUGAAGUUAAUGAGAAA